CUUUGUUCAAUUCGUAUCUAAUCGUUUGAGUACAGUUCAGUUUAAAAGAGCACUGUAUAGUAAUGGAAGUGUUUUACUCGGUGUGUUUUAUACUUGGCAAAUAUUGAUUUACUAAAUUUCAUCAAAACUCAUUUCAAAUUUGAAGAGAUUUGCAAUUAUCGCCAUUAUUUAAUUCAAUUCAAUCUUAUCAUAACUAAAUAUUUUUCUAAGAAUUCUUUUUUACUGCGAAAUAAUAAAACCUCUAGCAACGUUCUCUGACGUACAAGAUUUCUGAAACAAAAUAACUUUGAAUUACAUCAAUGGACAAACAAGUGGGAUCCGAGAAGAGUGGUCAUGCUUGCAAGGAAGUUAUUUAUACCCCAGCUACUAACGAUGCCAAAAAUCAAGAACUCAAAUCAGAAGAAAAGAACAGAAGUGAUACGGCUUUUUUAUACUUUUCUUCAUUAGCAGCACUUUGCGUCUCAUUCACAUAUGGAUGUAAUUUAGUAUGGACUUCGCCUGUCUUGCCAAAACUGAGAGAUAAUGAUACAAAUGUCAACCCAUUGGGGGCACCUAUAGAAACUGGCGAGAUAUCUUUGAUGGUAGGAUUACCGUCAGCGCUCUCCCUAAUAGCAUCUUUUUUCAUGGCAAAAUUGCCAGAUAUAAUAGGGAGAAGGGAAACUAUGAAAUACAUGUCUAUAGGAAUGAUUCUGUCGAAUAUUGCCGUAGCUUUUGGAUCGCAUAUAUAUAUUUACUAUGUAGCCAAGUCCACAUUCGCUAUAUUUGCAGGAUCAGGUCUAAUAGCGGUUCAAGUAUACAUGAGCGAAAUUGUAGAAGAUCACAACAGAGGAAAGUUUGGCUGUCUCAUGGGUGUGUCUCUACCAUUUGGAAACCUGUAUUCUUUCGUUUUGGGUCCUGUCACGACCGUUCGAGAUUUCACCUUGUUGAGUGUGGUGCCUUUAGUAUUCAGUCUUGUUUUCUUCUAUACUAUUGUACCCGAAUCACCAGUGUAUCUAGCAAUGAAAGGAAAGAGAGAAGAAACGAUAAAAGCGUUAACAAAACUGAGAAACAAUAAAAGAAGCAAAGAAAUAGAACAGGAUUAUUUAGUAAUUGAGGAUUUAACAAAAUCCAAGAGAAAAUGUGAAAAACGUGGAUACUUGAACUUGUUUGAUACACCAGCACUGAGAAGAGCCGUUAUGGUUGCUUUGGUAGUGAAUAUGACACAACAUUUAUCAGGCGUGGUAAUUAUCAUGUCAUUUUUGGGACCUCUUAUCACUGAAGCAGGAACACAACUAUCUGGAAAUACAGUGGCGAUUAUUGUGGGAAUUUUAAAAGUUUCCCUAUUUUUUUCAACUUCUCACAUGGUUGAACGACUUGGAAGAAGGCCACUACUUCUAUUUUCUUCUUUCUCAACUGGUCUCCCACUAUUUUUACUAGGAUUGUAUUUCUUCUGGAAAAAUACCAAUGCUGAAUUUAUCGAAAAUAUACGCGUAUUACCAAUUAUUUCUAUUCUAGCCUAUGUAGUAUUUUACUCUUUAGGCUUGGGACCGAUUCCUAUGGCAAUGAUCGGUGAAAUUUUCCCAAGUGAUAUCAAAGCAGUGGCUACAACGUUCAUCAUGACCAUCAUUGCAAUAGUAGUAACAAUUAUGUCUACGGCAUAUCCCCUUGCUGCUGAGUAUUUUGGAAUACAAUGGUGCAUCUGGACGUUUUCAUUAUUCUGCUUUUCCGGUUCUUUUUUUGUUUACUUCAAAUUACCUGAAACGAAAGGAAAAUCUUUUAGAGAGAUUGAAGAACUAUUGAGUAAAUGAAGACUCAAUAAUUUCAACAUAAAUUGCGAUGAAUUUGCUGGAUUUCUUGGAACAUAUUGGAAUACUAACGUUAAUUGAAUUGAUCAACAAGUUGACAAUUUGAAAUUUCUGUUUAUCUUGGAUAUUGAUUUCAGUAAAGCUUUCGAAAUGAA